AUGUCAAUGGCAAUGAGAUGUCUCAUACAGCAGAAGGAGGAGCAAGACGGAGAGAGAAAAGAGGUGUUACGGGCUGUUGCUCAACCAGAUUUGCACACAAGAGAACUGCUGAAGGAAAAUACGGGCUUGGAGCUCCCACACAGGGGCCGCCAACCUCCAAACCCCAGAUUCAUAGACCCACCAAUAGCUUACACCCUCAUGAGGAAAAGCUGCAGGCUCUCAACACCAGUCCAGCCCAUGAAAGCAGCCACAGAGGCUAAACACUGCAAAGCCACAGAGCGAAACUCCGUGGGCGUGGGCAUCCGAAGUUCCUAUAUCCGUGUCCUGGGCAUCCAGGUGGACACAGAUGGCUCUGGCCGCAGCUUUGCUGGGGCCGUGAGCCCGCAGGAGGAGGAGGAGUUCCGUGGUCUGGCCGCCCUCCCCAAUGUCUAUGAGGUCAUCUCCAAGAGCAUCGCCCCCUCCAUUUUUGGGGGCACGGAUAUGAAGAAGGCCAUUGCCUGCCUGCUCUUUGGGGGAUCCCGAAAGAGGCUCCCUGAUGGACUUACUCGCCGAGGAGACAUCAACCUGCUGAUGCUAGGGGACCCUGGGACAGCCAAGUCCCAGCUUCUGAAGUUUGUGGAGAAGUGUUCUCCCAUUGGGGUUUACACGUCUGGGAAAGGGAGCAGUGCAGCCGGACUGACAGCCUCGGUGAUGAGGGACCCUUCGUCCCGGAAUUUCAUCAUGGAAGGUGGAGCCAUGGUCCUGGCUGAUGGUGGGGUCGUCUGUAUUGAUGAGUUUGACAAGAUGCGAGAAGACGACCGUGUGGCAAUCCAUGAAGCCAUGGAGCAGCAGACCAUCUCUAUUGCCAAGGCUGGGAUCACCACCACCCUGAACUCUCGCUGCUCCGUCCUGGCUGCUGCCAACUCAGUGUUUGGCCGCUGGGAUGAGACGAAGGGGGAGGACAACAUUGAUUUCAUGCCUACCAUCUUGUCGCGCUUCGAUAUGAUCUUCAUUGUCAAGGAUGAGCACAAUGAGGAGAGGGAUGUGAUGCUGGCCAAGCAUGUCAUUACUCUGCACGUAAGUGCACUGACACAGACACAGGCCGUGGAGGGCGAGAUCGACCUGGCCAAGCUGAAGAAGUUUAUUGCCUACUGCCGAGCGAGGUGCGGCCCCCGGCUGUCAGCAGAGGCCGCAGAGAAGCUGAAGAACCGCUACAUCAUCAUGCGGAGCGGGGCCCGUCAGCACGAGAGGGACAGUGACCGCCGCUCCAGCAUCCCCAUCACUGUGCGGCAGCUGGAGGCCAUUGUGCGAAUCGCUGAAGCCCUCAGCAAGAUGAAGCUGCAGCCCUUCGCCACAGAGGCAGAUGUGGAGGAGGCCCUGCGGCUCUUCCAAGUGUCCACGUUGGAUGCUGCCUUGUCCGGUACCCUGUCAGGGGUGGAGGGCUUCACCAGCCAGGAGGACCAGGAGAUGCUGAGCCGCAUCGAGAAGCAGCUCAAGCGCCGCUUUGCCAUUGGCUCCCAGGUGUCUGAGCACAGCAUUAUCAAGGACUUCACCAAGCAGAAAUACCCGGAACAUGCCAUCCUCAAGGUGCUGCAGCUCAUGCUGCGGCGGGGCGAGAUCCAGCAUCGCAUGCAGCGCAAAGUUCUCUACCGCCUCAAGUGAGUUGCGGCCUCACUGGACUCGUGGACUUGCCCAUGCCUCAGGCCCCUCCUGCCACUGUCUGCCAUUGAGAAUGCUGCUUUGUUCUCUGCCACCCCACUGCUGUCCUCGAACUUCCCACGCACCCUCCUUUCUGCCCCAGAGGGAGGAGCCGUGGUGUCCUGCCGCCUCUGGGUCACUGCCUCCAGCACAGUUCUGAGACGUGUGCUUUUGGCAUCUGUUAAUAAUAAAGCCACAGUGUGUUCGGG